AUGACCACCACGAAGCAAUUCUUCAGCACUUCUUCGCCGUGGGAGGCUCGAUUCGGAUACUAUCGGGCAGUGCGUCGUGGCCAACUCAUCUACGUGGCUGGCUCGACUGCAGCAGACCCGAACUCUCCCCCGGACGCCCCGCGAGUUCGAUUCCCUGGAGAUGCUCGGCAACAGACACAUGUGAUCCUGGGAGAGAUCAUCCAAGCUAUUCAAGCAGUUGGUGGGCAAGGUGCCGAGAGCAUCGUGCGAUGUAAGAUGUUUGUGAGCAGGAAAGAAGACUGCGAUGCGGUGGGGGAAGGGUUCAGGGAUGUUUUGGGCAAAGAGAAUGGAGACCAGAUCGGUGCGGCUGCGACAAUGAUUGUGGUCGCCAAUGGAUUUGUUGACGAUGAUAUGCUGGUUGAGAUUGAGGUAGAUGCAGUCGCAGAAUAG